GUCCUGCUCCCACCUCCUUGCCUGCCUCCCAGUGCCCACAGGGCGGGCGGGCGGGCGGGCGGGGUGAUGCCCCGCUGGAACACCAAGCCUUUUCCUGGAGGGAAGGGGGGCCAGCCUGGAGGAGACAGUUGAGCCCAGCUCUUGCCUGAACAGGUGUGCAUUGCCCAGGAAUGCGUGCGGAGUGACUCACCAGCGCCCUCCUACCUGAGCCGGAUAAAGCUGCCUCUCCUCUGUCCUGUCCACCCCAUGUCUCUGUUCCCUUCCUCCUUUCUUUGCUCCCUCCCUGCCUCCCUCCCUCUCUGACAGUGUCUCGCGCUCUCUCUCUUUCACACUCACGCUCGCACACUCUCACACACAUACUCACACCCAGGAGAACAGCUCCCAAUAGCCAGGGAAGAGGGAGAGCAGAAGGCACGAGACCCCAGCAAAGGAGGAAGAGGAUGCCCUGGCCAGGGGCAUGGGCUGGUCUGCUGUUCUGGGCAGUACUCUGGGUCAGCUUCCAAGGAAGCCCAGCUAAUCGUUGCAAGAAGACCCUGGUGAAGAGCUGUACUGAGUGCAUCCGUAUAGAUAAGGACUGCGCCUACUGCACUGAUGAGACAUUCAAGGACCGUCGCUGCAACACUAGAGAGGAGCUGCUGGCCUUGGGCUGUGAGGCUGGAAGCAUGAUGUUCAGGGAAAGCAGCUUCCAGAUUACACAGCAUGCUGAGAUCGACACCACCUUAAAGAAGAGCCAGGUAUCGCCCCAAGCCAUGCAGUUGCUUCUACGGCCCGGCGAGGAGCAGAGUUUUGAGUUUCAGGUGUUUGAGCCCCUCGAGAGCCCCGUGGACCUCUAUAUCCUCAUGGACUUCUCCUAUUCCAUGUCCGACGAUUUGGCUAACCUCAAGCAGAUGGGCCAAAACCUGGCCCAGGUCUUGAGUAGUCUCACGAAUGACUUCACUAUUGGCUUUGGCAAGUUUGUGGAUAAAGUCAGCGUCCCACAAACAGACAUGCGACCAGACAAACUGAAGGAACCCUGGCCCAACAGUGACCCACCCUUCUCCUUCAAGAAUGUGAUCAGCCUAACAAAAGAUGUGGAGGAAUUCCGGAACAAGCUGCAGCGGGAACGAAUCUCGGGCAACCUGGACGCUCCUGAGGGUGGCUUCGAUGCCAUCUUGCAGACAGCCGUGUGCACGAAGGACAUUGGCUGGCGAAAAGAUAGCACCCACCUGCUGGUAUUCUCCACAGAGUCAGCCUUCCAUUAUGAGGCAGAUGGGGCCAACGUGCUGGCAGGCAUCAUGAAGCGUAAUAAUGAAGAUUGCCACCUGGACUCCACAGGCACCUAUACCCAAUAUAAUCAGCAGGAUUACCCAUCGGUCCCCACGUUGGUACGCCUGCUGGGCCAAUACAACAUCAUUCCCAUCUUUGCUGUCACCAACCACUCCUAUAGCUACUAUGAGAAGCUGCAUACAUAUUUCCCAGUCUCCUCACUGGGCUUGCUGCAUGAGGACUCAGCCAACAUAGUGGAACUACUUGAAGAAGCCUUUCGUCGUAUCAAAUCCAACUUGGACAUCAGGACUCUGAAUGUUCCCCGGGGCCUGCGGACUGAAAUCACUUCUGAAAGAUAUAUGAAGACAAAGACUGGGUCUUUCCACAUCACACGUGGGGAAGUGGGAACUUACCACAUACAGCUGCGGGCCAUGGAGCACAUAGACGGGAAGCAUGUGUGCGAGCUGCCUCUUGAGGACCAGACAGGUGAAAUCCACCUGAAGCCUUCUUUCUCCGAUGGGCUCAAAAUCGAUGCCGGCAUCAUCUGCGACGUGUGCCUUUGUGAGAGGCAAAGCGAGCCUCUGUCAGCCAAAUGCAACUUCAAUGGGAACUUCACAUGUGGGCAUUGUAUGUGCAAAGAGGGCUGGAGUGGCAAGACUUGUAACUGCUCUACGGGCUCUACAAGUGACACCAAGCCUUGCAUACGGGAUGGGGAUGACAAGGUUUGCUCAGGGCGAGGAGAAUGCCAGUGUGGGCGCUGCGUGUGCUACGGAGAUAGCCGCUAUGAUGGACAGUUCUGCGAGUAUGACAAUUUCCAGUGUCCUCGAACCUCAGGCUUCCUCUGCAAUGACAGGGGCCGCUGCUCCAUGGGCCAGUGUGUGUGUGAAAGGGGCUGGACAGGGAAGAGCUGUGAGUGUCCCCUCAGCAACGCCACCUGCAUCGACAGCAAUGGGGGCAUCUGCAAUGGGCGAGGCCACUGUGAGUGUGGACGGUGCCACUGUGACCAGGUCUCCCUCUAUACCGAUACCACCUGUGAGAUCAGCUACUCCGCAGUACCCCUAGGGGUAUGCGAGGACCUGCGUUCCUGUGUUCAAUGCCAAGCCUGGGGCACAGGAGUGAAGAAGGGACAGAAGUGUGAUAGCUGUAACUUUAGAGUGAAGAUGGUGGAGGAGCUGAAGAAAGCUGAAGAGGUGAUGGAAUACUGUUCCUUCCGUGAUGAGGAUGAUGACUGCACGUACAGCUAUACCGUGGAAGGGAAUGAAGCUAUUGGGGCCAAUAGCACCGUCCUUGUGCACAAAAAGAAGGACUGUCCUGGAAGCUUCUGGUGGCUCAUCCCCCUGUUCCUCUUCCUCCUGCUGCUCUUGGCCCUGCUGCUUCUGCUCUGCUGGAAGUACUGUGCCUGCUGCAAGGCCUGCCUGGCCCUGCUGCCCUGCUGCAACCGAGGACACAUGGUGGGCUUCAAGGAAGAUCACUAUGUGCUGAGGGAGAACCUCAUGGCUUCAGACCACCUGGAUACGCCGAUGGUGCGCAGCGGCAACCUCAAAGGGAGAGACAUGGUCCGCUGGAAAAUCAAUAACGUGCAGUCCACUGGCCUCACCACCCAUGCUGCCAACCCCAAAGAGCUGGUCCCGUAUGGAUUAUCUCUGCGUCUUGCCCGCCUCUGCACUGAGAACCUGCUGAAACCUGAUACACGGGAAUGUGAACAACUUCGCCGGGAAGUAGAGGAGAAUCUCAAUGAAGUUUACAGACAGAUCCCUGGAGUUCAUAAGCUUCAACGAACCAAGUUUCGGCAACAACCCAAUGCUGGAAAAAAGCAGGACCACACCAUUGUGGACACAGUGCUGAUGGCGCCACGGUCAGCCAAGUUGCCUCUGCUGAAGCUUACUGAGAAGCAAGUAUCCCAGGGGGCAUUCCAUGAGCUCAAGGUGGCCCCUGGCUACUACACCCUCACCUCCGAUCAGGAUGCCCGGGGCAUGGUGGAGUUCCAAGAAGGAGUAGAGCUGGUAGAUGUCCGGGUCCCUCUUUUCAUCCGUCCAGAUAAUGAUGACGAUGAGCACCUGGUGGUAGAGGCCAUUGAUGUACCCAUGGGCACUGCCACCAUUGGACGUCGUCUGGUCAACAUAACCAUCAUUAAGGAACAAGCCAGUGGGAUAGUGUCAUUUGAUCAACCAGAGUAUUCCUUCAACCACGUGGACCAGGUAGCCCGGAUUCCUGUAGUCAGGCGCAUCAUAGACAAUGGCAAGUCUCAAGUCUCCUACCGUACACAAGAAAACACAGCCUACCCCAACCGGGACUACAUCCCUAUGGAAGGGGACCUGCUCUUCCAGCCGGGAGAGACGAGGAAGGAGAUACAGGUGAAGUUGUUGGAUCUACAGGAAGUGGACGCUCUCCUUUCAGGCCAUCAGUCUCGACGCUUCCACAUCCACCUAACCAACCCCAAGUAUGGCGCACGGUUGGGGGAUCCACACUCUGCUACGAUCCUCAUCGAAAGUCAGGAUAAGGAGUUAUUUGGCCAGUCGUCAUUAUAUUCUACUCGGAGUGAUCCAAGUGCCCCUCAGAACCCCAAUGCCAAGGCCGUUGGUUCCAGGAGGAUCCAUUUCAAUUGGCUACCACCUCCUGGCAAGCCAUCUGGGUACAAGGUAAAAUACUGGAUACAGGGCGACUCUGAAUCAGAAGCCCAGUUCCUUGACUGCAAAGUACCCUCAGUGGAGCUCACCAACCUCUACCCAUACUGUGACUAUGAGAUGAGGGUCUGUGCCUAUGGGCCAAUGGGCGAGGGGCCUUAUAGCACCCUAGUGUCUUGCCGAACCAAUGAAGAAGUCCCCAGUGAACCUGGACGCCUGGCCUUCAAUGUUGUUUCCUCCACUGUCACCCAGCUCAGCUGGGCUGAGCCAGCUGAGACCAAUGGGGAGAUCACCGCCUAUGAAGUCUGCUAUGGACUGGUCAAUGAGGACAACAAACCCAUCGGGCCCAUGAAGAAAGUGCUGGUGGAUACACCCAAGAAGCGGACACUGUUGAUCGAAAACCUUCGAGAGUCCCAGCCCUAUCGAUAUACAGUAAAGGCCUGCAAUGGAGCAGGCUGGGGGCCAGAAAGAGAAGCCAUCAUCAAUCUUGCCACCCAACCUAAACGGCCAAUGUCCAUUCCCAUCAUCCCAGACAUCCCCAUCGUAGAUGCCCAGGGAGGGGAAGAUUAUGACAGCUUCCUCAUGUACAGCGAUGAUGUCCUACGCUCCCCUGCCAGCAGCCAGAGACCCAGCGUCUCUGACGAUACAGGCUCCGGGUGGAAGUUCGAGCCACUGCCAGGGGAGAACCUGAAUUUCCGGCAGAUCACGUGGCAGCUGCCCCCAGAAUUCAUCCCCCGCCUGUCCAGCAGCAGCGGGCUCUCCUCUGAGGCUGAGGGGCUCAUCCUGUCCCAAGAUGAUAGCAUCCCAGGAGGCAGCCUCCCCCGAAGGGGGACACCCCACCCCCCAGCAGAGCACUUAAUGAAUGGGAGGCUGGACUUCGCUUUUCCGGGCAGUGCUAACUCACUGCACAGGAUGACCACCACAACCUCUGCCUAUGGCACCCACCUGAGCCCCCACCCACAACACCGGAUACUAAGCACGUCCUCCACUCUCACCCAAGAUUACCACUCCCUGACCCGCACAGAGCACUCGUCCACCCUGCCUAGAGACUACACUACCCUGGCAACCGUCUCUUCCUAUGGCCUCCCUCCCAUUCAGGAAGAUGGAGGGAGCAGGUAUCCUGGGGCCCAGGUAACUGAGUCCAAGGACCCAGUACAGGUGAAGGGUUUCCACUCCUACAGAGGCUUUCAGGACUCUGUAAUCCUGGCCAGACCAGCAACACACACCUGGGGCCCAGAAUCCCGUCUGCCCUCUGGAGUGCCCGACACCCCCACACGCUUGGUAUUCUCAGCCCUGGGACCCACAUCCUUGAAAGUGAGCUGGCAGGAGCCACAAUGUGAUCGAGCCCUGCAAGGCUACAGCAUGGAGUACCAGCUGAUGAGUGGAGGUGAGCUAAAAAGGCUACACAUUCACGACCCUCACCAGACUUCUGUAGUGGUGGAAGACCUCCUUCCUAAUCACUCCUAUAUCUUCCGAGUCCGGGCACAGAGCCAGGAAGGCUGGGGUCCAGAGCGUGAGGGUGUCAUCACCAUCGAGUCCCAGGUGCACCCUCAAAGCCCACACAGUCCUCUGCCAGGUUCGACCUUCACUCUGAGCACUCCCAGUGCCCCAGGCCCCUUGGUAUUCACAGCCCUGAGUCCAGACUCUCUGCAGAUGAGCUGGGAGCGACCCCGCCGGCCCAAUGGGGACAUUCUGGGUUACCUGGUGACCUGUGAGAUGGCCCAAGGAGGUCCGUCCACUACCUUCCAGGUAGAAGGUGACAGCCUGGAGAACCGGCUGACGGUGCCAGGUCUGAGUGAGAACAUUCCUUACAAAUUUAAGGUUCAGGCCAAGACAACACAGGGCUUUGGGCCAGAGCGUGAGGGCAUCAUCACCAUCGAGUCCCAAGACGGAGGUCCCUUUCCGAAGCUGGGCGGACGCCUGGGCCUUCAGCAGGAGCCGGCCCAGCACCAGUUUCCUAGAGAGUACAGCAGCAUCACCACAACCCACUCCAGCAUCACCAAACCCUUCUUAGCAGAUGGGCUGGCCUUGGAGACCCAGCACCUCGAAGCUGGGGGCUCCCUCACUCGGCGGCACGUGACCCAGGAAUUUGUGAGUCGGACCCUGUCGUCGAGCUCUAGCGGAACCUUGACCAAGCAGGUGGAACGCCAGUUCUUCCAGACCUGAGCCCCUGGCGCCAGCUCAGACCAGCCCACCUUCCCCAACCACCUUUUUUCUUCCCCUAAUUCAGUGUCUGUUGCUUCCUGGAAGGGGUGAGGGAAUCCUCCCUCUGGGCCAGCCCAUCGUGCCCCAGGGAGUGCAGACUCCUUGGGGGCUGGGGAGGGGAGGAGAAUGAGCUAGUCAUGCUAUGCCAGGGGCCCGGCCUGUCCUCUAGCUGUAACCAAAGAGCUGGGGCAGGUCAGAGCAUGCAGGAGGCCGCUCUUCUUUGUCUUGCCACUUAAUAAAUGUUUUUGCAACAA